AUGGACUGUGCACCACAGAAUACAGGGCAAUUUCAUCAGGAAGCAGAAUACAACAAUGAAGAAGAAGACAACAAUGGACAGUACUUUGUCGACCGCAGGUACAGAGAAAGAGGAGGCCACAAUAGAGGGAGAUUUCAAGGAAGAGGUGGCCGAGGAAGUUUUAGGGGAGGUGGAUUUCAUGGUGGAUUCGGCAGCAAUACAACCGCCAAAAGAUCUGCUUCGUGUGUAAAAAGGCUGGAUGCUGGUCCACUCGGCACACACCAAGCGAACGUCAGGGACGGAUCAAGAGCUGGCGGACGUACAUGGCGGAGAACGAACUCCCGAACGACAACAAUACCCUGGGUAUAUUCAUCAUCGACUAUGAAGGUUACGAGGCGAACCAAAAUGACGGUGAAAGUAACCUUAUUGACAUGUUCAACAAGUGGUCAGAAGACAAGAUUGAACAGCUCAACACCAGCUACGGGACCAUUGAUGGACAGAAUACGGCUAUCCUGCUCAACAAUCAAGCGGCUGUGA